AUGUUCACCCGCGUUGGUGCCCUCUUGGAGGCCAUCGAUAAGAAGACGGAGGAACUAGCCAAUGCCGCCGAUGAAAGGGACCUCGCGCAGGCGGUGGAGCAGCAGCCGCAGCGACUGCUUAGUAGUAGCGGUGUGAACAGUGUCGCGCCUUUGCAGCAUCACACUCAGCCAGCGCUGCACUUUGCAAGGGGCAACGACGGCAGUGCUUUUGGCGAAAGCCGCCUGGGGGGGCUCGCACGCGGCAGCAGCAAUGCAGUCGGUAAUAGCGGUGGUGCUUGUCCGACCGCGGGGCCCAAUCCCUUGGCCAUGACCUCAUCGACACAUCUUGCAUCUCACGAAGCGCGCGCGGUAGGCCACGUUCCACUGUCGCUGCCUACAAAGCUGCCCUCGUUCCGACCAUUCCAGCAAGACACGGCUACUGACGGCGGCGGCGGAGGUACUGCCGCUGGAUGGAAACAGCACCUCACCUUGCCCACAGCAGCAGGCACGUUUGCUGGAAGCUCUGUGGUCUCAAGCCAGGGUGAUGUGGCUAACGUCCCGUCUACUACGCUCGGCGGUGGCAAGCCAGCCAUCCAUCACGGCAGCACUGCAGACGCGACGGUAGAGCAAUUUGAGGAACGCUGCAAGGCUCUACAAGCUGACAAGAUGCGCUUGCAGCAAGAGGCCGCCACCCACCGCGCCCAGUGCAGCGCGGCACGCGACGCCUUGUGGAAGGCGGAGCAGGAUAUACGCGCCAGUCGCGCAGCUCAGCGCGCGGCUGAGCAGGCACUCACUGUCUACAAGGAAACCUCGCAACGUUUGUUAGACGAGGCACAGCAGGAGGUGAGGCGGGCACGCGAUGCCGCAGCGGGGAAGUCGUCGGCGACAGAACCACAGCAGCAGACUGACGUAUCGCACGACGCACAGGAGCUGCAUCAGCGGCUUGAGCUUCUGAAGACGGAUCACGCAUCGCUGAACGCCGAGGUGGAGCACUAUCGCCAGGAAGCAGCGAAGGCAACGGCGGAACUGCAGCACGUGCAGGAGAGGCAUCGGCAGGCGCAGAUGAGCAUUGACACACUGCAGCUCGAGGUCGGCGCCGCCCGCGAGUCGCUGGAAGGCGAAGUCGCGGCACACGCCGAGACGCGAAGUGCUCUACGUCGUCUACAGGCACAGAAAGAUGAGCAAAUUCGAAGCGGUAGCAGCCCUUUCGUCUCAGGGGCGGUGGCACAGAGCACUGGCAAAGCGGACUCCGCUGCCGAGGUAGCACAACUGCGGAGCGAGUUGAAUGAGCUAAAGCAGCGCCACCAAAUACUCACUAUUCAGGCAAGCAACCGACAGGCCGCCCUCGACGCGGCGGCGCGUGAGGCGGCGGACAUGAAAGUGCGGUACAACGAGCUUGCGAAGCAGGUAAAUGAUGUCGAGGUGGAGAUGGCAGCUGGGUUCCGCACAUCUUCCAUGUAUGGGGACGGCAAUGGUUACAGUGCUGCCUUCCCAGCGCCUCCGACGGCUUCGUCCAUGCGUGGCCAUCGGGUCUUCGGUCUUGGCGCCGGUGGCAGUGGGGGCCAUAGUGCGGACGCUGGCGCUCCCCGGGCACACUCUGCUGGAACUGUAGCCACCACACUGGAGAACAGCGACGAUGCCCGGCACCGCAACCCAGCCAUGGUACGUCUGGCACGUCAGUACGGUAUCGCCGGCCGUGUAGCUGUGACGGCUGUCUGCUCCAUUGACAGCGCCGCCAUGCAGGUGGGCCGCUUCCUCACGCAAGCGGGUUGGAUGUGGCGUGUGACGCUGAUGUGCUACAUUGGCCUCCUGCAGGUGUGGGUUAUCUUGACGAUCAUUGGCACCCUCGCCUUGGAGAACAACGUGUACGUGCUCGAGCCACCGAGGGCUCCACAUCCCAUGUAA